AUGCAAUUAACUUAAAAAGUUAAAUAAACUAUUAAGGCUAAUUAUGAACUUCAAGCCUGCAAUUUGAAUUCAAGACCAAAUACAGAUUGUAUUAUUACAGCAAAAGGGGAUAAAUUUGCAGUGGGGAGUUAUGGUAAUUCUGCUAAAAUUUAUCAAACAAAUAAUUGUAAAUUGCUGAGAACAUUAAAAGGUCAUAACAACGUGGUAUAUUCAAUAGCUUUUAAUAGUCCAUUUGACAAUAAAAUUGUUACAGGAUCAUUUGAUAGGAAAUCUAUGAUCUGGGAUGUUGAAACGGGUAAGUGCUAAUAAGUUUUAAAUAAACAUACAUAAGAAAUUGUUUGCAAUAAAUUCGAUCCAACAUCUAAAUAUGUUGCCACUGCUUCUAUGGAUCAUACUGCAAAAUUAUGGAAUGUUGAAACAGGGCAAUUAGUGCAUGACCUGGUAGAUCACACUUAAGAGGUGAUAUAUUUAGAUUUUAACAGUGAUGGAAAAUUAUUACUUUCAACAUCAUUUGAUUAAACUGCAAAUCUUUAUGAUACAAUAAAUGGAAAAUUGAUAGCAAACUUUAAAAAUCAUCGUGGAGAACUUUCAAAGGCAUUAUUUAACAAUACUGGGACUUUAAUAGCAACUGUUUCAACUGAUAAAACAUGUUGUAUUUGGGAUAUUCGAGCUGAAAAAUGUCUAAUAUAACUGAAGAAUCAUUCUGAUGAGAUUUUGGAUUGCGAUUUUAGUGCAGAUGGGAAGAAAUUUGUAACAGCAUCUGCAGAUCAUACAGCAAUUGUGUAUGAUGUGAACACUUUUGAAAUUUUAGGAACUCUGAAUUAACAUAAAGAAGAAGUAUUGAAGGUUUUAUUCUUGCCUGAUAAUUAGAGGGUAGUCACAUCAAGUUAAGAUAAGACUGCUUAAAUUUAUUCAAUUUAUGGAUAGUGUUUGUAAAGUUUAUAAUAUCAUCGAGGAGAUAUAUAUGGAUUAGCUAAAAGUGAUGAUGGCAAAAUAAUAGUAACCACUGGUUAAGAGAAUUAAUCAGCAGUGUGGAGAGAAUAAAUAUGA